GGUGGCGGCAGCAGCAGCAGCACGUGCGCGUCGCUGCUGGCAGAACUGGUGACGUUUCAUUUCGAGCCCAGAGCCUGUAUUGAGUGCUAGAGAUUCGUGAAGACGGGAGUGCCGCUGAGCAUGUGCAGAAUGCAUUUGCCGCUUGCCACCGCCCCCAGCAAGCCUGAUCACUUUUAGACAGGCUUGAGUUGGAAGGCCUCUUAUUUUAGAAACGAAGGGCUGGUGCGUUAAAAAAGCGUCCUUUCUGUUCCAAGCUUAAUUCCGAUGGCCUGUCUGCCCACAGACUGAAGACCACUUAAUACAGCAUUAUGAACAGCUGCUGCAGAAAUAAGAAAUGACGCUCUAGUCGUAUCCUGUUGUCUCCCAUGUUUGCUGUGACAAACCUCCACCUCUGAUGUGACUCAACAGUACCCCCUAGGAUAUCUGUAGAUUUUCAAGACUUGGGGUGAUUAAUGCAACUUGAAGAAAUACAUUUUGAAAAUGCUGUAAUAGAAGCAACCAGGGACCUGCGGCUGCCAAGCUUUCAAAGCAUUCACGGAGUUCUUGCAAAUAUUUUGAAACGUCACCCCCUUCUUUCAGGUAUGAGCUGGAGUUGGAAAAUAUCACUCAUCUCCCUCUUAAUAAUGGGUGCAGUCUUCUAUGAGAAUUCUUCCUUUCUAUAUUUUCAGCAUGGCCAGACGUUCCAGCCUUCUGAAGCUAGCACAGCUCUUCUGCUCAUCAUGCUGGGGAAAGUCUCACUCAAUCUAUAUCUGUUGCGAGUCACAAAACAGAAUCACCGUGGGAGUUUUAUGGGCUAUUUCUGCAUAUCACUAGCCUUCUUUGACUUUGUGCUUCUGGUGAUGAUGUCUUUCAUCUCCUAUUUUCAGAACUUUAUGCUUUCAGGUGUCCGGUUUACUGAGUAUCACAUCUGUCUUUUGGCUCAGAUCACAGCCUUUACCUAUGGGAUCUUACAUUAUCCAGUUACUUUUUUGGCUGGCUUGGAUUAUUACCUUACAAUAACCAAAACUUCCAGGUAUCCGAAUGUGUGUCAGAGGUCAUUGUACACUGCUGCUGUUGUCUUCAUGUGGAUUUUGGUUCUCUAUUAUGUUCUGAAUUUUCCAGGCAGUUCCCUAGGGCUUGACAUAAACCAUUAUAAUUCUGCAUACCAGUGUCCCUUUUAUAUCAGCAGCCAGAGUUACUGGCUCUCACUUGGUAUACUGAUUCUCAUAUGCCUGGUUCUUGUACUCUGUUGGUCAGAGGUUGUGGAUAUGGUACAGUCAAUUAAGCUAAUUUCAUUUGAGACAGAGACAGUUUUGUUCUUCCCUUAUGUUCCUGAGUGCCACCCCAGAGACUGUGCAAAGCAUCUUUUGACGAGACUUCUAAUCUGCUUUAUUGGCACUUGGGCACCAUUUGUUUUCCUUCAAAUGCUCAUAGUGUUAUGCAGUUCUCAGAUUCCCGCCUACAUAGAGAUGAAUGUUCCCUGGCUUUAUUUUGUCAACAGCUUUCUUAUUGGAAUUGCAUGUUGGGCAAACCGUCAGUACAUUGAGUUGACAGAAGAGUCUUGGGACGUGGAUCCAUUUGUCAGUUGGAAAUUCUGCUUUGUCCCCUUCCACGGCCAAGGUGCAAAGGAAUUCCAAAAGCCCAUCACCAAAGUAAUAAUCUGUUAAUGAGUUGCUGUUGAAGACCACGAAUGUUGAAUCACCAUAUUGGGACAGAUGAUUUUGUUACCUUUGUGAACUUAAAUGAGGGAACAAUACAGAAACAUAGCUUGAGGGGAAAAACGUUUUAUCAAUCUGUAGUUUUGGUGUGUGUGUGGUGGAAAACUGCACUAUUUUCCAAGUUGGAUUUCCAAUACGGGUAUUUAUUUCAAAAUAAAGUAAUGAAACCUUGCUGUACUGUCAGUAAUAAUUGAGUCUUCUGAUAAUAACAA